AUGUCUGUCUUCCAGUCUCAGCUGGACCCCAACAACCUAGGAAUUUGCUGGCCUACAAAUGGAUUGAUGCCUGGUGAGUAUGUACAAGUAAAGCCACUUAGCCCGUUAUUCAGCAAUGUCUUGCAUUAGGCAUUGCAACUUUGGCUUUGCACUGUGCCAAGUUAACGAGAACAGACUAAUGGAGGUUAAUUCCAAAUUACAGAAGGGAAAUGGUUCUAUAGCUUGUUAACAAACAGGAAACCACAUUACGUAAUCUAUUACAUGCAUGUACCUUCUCAGGCUGAUCAUGCAAAGGGAGUCUUCUUAAAGGUAGACUCAGUGAUACAGUGCAUUCGGACCCCUUGACUUUUUCCACAUUUUGUUACGUUACAGCCUUAUUCUGAAAUUGAUUAAAUUGUUUUUUUUUUACCCUGAUCAAGCUACACACAAUACCCCAUAAUGACAAAGCAAAAACAGGUUUUUAUACAUUUUUGCAAAUGUAUUAAAAAUAAACAACUGAAAUAUGACAUUUACAUAAGUAUUCAGACCCUUUACUCAGUACUUUGUUGAAGCACCUUUGGCAACGAUUACAUCCUCAAGUCUUCUUGGGUAUGAUGCUACAAGCUUGGCACACCUGUAUUUGGGGAGAUUCUCCUCUGCAGAUCCUCUCAAGCUCUGUCAGGUUUGAUGGGGAGCGUCGCUCCACAGCUAUUUUCAGGUCUCUCCAAAGAUGUUGGAUUGGGUUCAAGUCCGGGCUCUGGCUGGGCCACUCAAGGACAUCGAGACUUGUCGCGAAGCCACUCCUGCGUUGUCUUUGCUGUGUGCUUAGGGUCGUUGUCCUGUUGGAAGGUGAACCUUCGCCCCAGUCUGAGGUUCUGAGUGCUCUGGAGCAGGUUUUCAUCAAGGAUCUUUCUGUACUUUGCUCCGUUCAUCUUUCCUUCGAUCCUGACUAGUCUCCCAGUCCCUGCCGCUGAAAAACAUCCCCACAGUAUGAUGGUGGUGGCAGCAUGCUUCACCGUAGGGAUUGUGGCAGGUUUCCUCCAGACAGAACUCUUUGGCCUGAAUGCCAAGCGUCACAUCUUGGUUUCAUCAGACCAGAGAAUCUUGUUUCUCAUGGUCUGAGAGUCCUUUAGGUGCCUUUUGGCAAACUCCAAGUGGGCUGUCAUGUGCCUUUUACUGAGGAGUUGCUUCCGUCUGGCCACUCUAACAUAUAGGCCUGAUUGGUGGAGUACUGCAGAGAUGGUUGUCCUUCUGGAAGGUUCUCCCAUCUCCACAAAGGAACUCUGGAGCUCUGUCAGAGUGACCAUUGGGUUCUUAGUCACCUCCCUGACCAAGGCCCUUCUUCCCCGAUUUCUCAGUUUGGCCGGGCGUCCCGCUCUAGGAAGAGUGUUCGUGGUUCCAAACUAAUUCCAUUUAAGAAUGAUGGAGGCCACUGUUUUCAUGGGGAUCUUCAAUGCUGCAUAAAUGUUUUGUUACCCUUCCCCAGAUCUGUGCCUCGACACAAUCCUGUCUCGGAGCUCUACAGACAAUUCCUUCGACCUCAUGGCUUGGUUUUUGCUCUAACAUGCUGUGGAACCUUAUAUAGACAGGUGUGUGCCUUUCCAAAUCACGUCCAAUCAAUUGAAUUUACCACAGGUGGACUCCAAUCAAGUUGUAGAAACAUCUCAAGGAUGAUCAAUGGAAACAGGAUGAACUUGAGCUCAAUUUCGAGCAAAGGCUCUUAAUACUUAUGUAAGUAAGGUAUUUUUAUUUUGUAAUACAUUUGCAACAAUUUCUAAACCUGUUUUCGCUUUGUAAUUAUUGGGUAUUGUGUGUAGAUUGAUAAAUUAAUUUAAUCAAUUUUAGAAUAAGGCUGUAACGUAACAAAAUGUGGAAAAAGGGAAGGGGUCUGAAUUAUUUUUGAAUGCACUGUAUGUACAGCAGUAGAUAUACUAGAGUAAGCUGUCAAGAAUCCAGUGUAUGUGUGUAUAUAUAUAUAUAUAUAUAUAUAUAUGCAGUGUGUAUAAACAGCGUAACUAAGAUGUAAAGUAGUAGAAAUAUUAGAAUGAGCAAUGUCGAGAAUACAUUAUUUAAAUACACACUACAAAACUCCAUGGUAAAAUGGAUAGAAUUGUAAGAAAUUAGCUUCCGGACCAGUGUCAAGCUGCAACUACAUUGUAUCAGGAAUGAAUUGCCUUUUUUCCAUUUUCUCACAUAUCAUUGAAUUAAAUAAACCUCAACAGUAGUUUCUAUUAAUGUUAGAGCUGGGCGAUAUGGACAAAAAUCCAUAUCACAAUAAAUUGACUGAAUUAUCACAAUAAAUAAAUAGAACGAUAAGUCUAACAAUGUGCACCAUAGUUACGUUAGUAUACUUUUAACUGCUACUACUACUUUGAAUGUUGUAGCUAUCAAAUGUCCCGUUAGCAAUUGCCCAAAUUAGCAGACUUUUUUUUAAACUUCACAUUUCUCUAGUAUAGUAAAAAAAUAUAUAGCUCAAAAAAAUAAAGGGAACACUUAAACAACACAAUGUAACUCCAAGUCAAUCACACUUCUGUGAAAUCAAACUGUCCACUUAGGAAGCAACACUGAUUGACAAUAAAUGUCACAUGCUGUUGUGCAAAUGGAAUAGACAAUAGGUGGACAUUUAUAGGCAAUUAGCAAGACACUCCCAAUAAAGGACUGGUUUUGCAGGUGGUGACCACAGACCACUUCUCAGUUCCUAUGCUUCCUGGCUGAUGUUUUGGUCACUUUUGAAUGCUGGCGGUGCUUUCACUCUAGUGGUAGCAUGAGACGGAGUCUACAACCCACACAAGUGGCUCAGGUAGUGCAGCUCAUCCAGGAUGGCACAUCAAUGCGAGCUGUGGCAAGGUUUGCUGUGUCUGUCAGCGUAGUGUCCAGAGCAUGGAGGCGCUACCAGGAGACAGGCCAGUACAUCAGGAGAUGUGGAGGAGGCCGUAGGAGGGCAACAACCCAGCAGCAGGACUGCUACCUCCGCCUUUGUGCAAGGAGGAGCAGAAGGAGCACUGCCAGAGCCCUGCAAAAUGACCUCCAGCAGGCCACAAAUGUGCAUGUGUCUGCUCAAAUGGUCAGAAACAGACUCCAUGAGGGUGGUAUGAGGGCCCGACGUCCACAGGUGUGGGUUGUGCUUACAGCCCAACACCGUGCAGGACGUUUGGCAUUUGCCAGAGAACACCAAGAUUGGCAAAUUCGUCACUGGCGCCCUGUGCUCUUCACAGAUGAAAACAGGUUCACACUGAGCACAUGUGACAGUCUGGAGACGCCGUGGAGAACGUUCUGCUGCCUGCAACAUCCUCCAGCAUGACUGGUUUGGCGGUGGGUCAGUCAUGGUGUGGGUUGGCAUUUCUUUGGGGGGCCUCACAGCCCUCCAUGUGCUCGCCAGAGGUAGCCUGAGUGCCAUUAGGUACCGAGAUGAGAUCCUCAGACCCCUUGUGAGACCAUAUGCUGGUGCGGUUGGCCCUGGGUUCCUCCUAAUGAAAGGCAAUGCUAGACCUCAUAUGACUGGAGUGUGUCAGCAGUUCCUGCAAGAGGAAGGCAUUGAUGCUAUGGACUGGCCCGCCCAUUCCCCAGACCUGAAUCCAAUUGAGCACAUCUGGGACAUCAUGUCUCGCUCCAUCCACCAACGCCACAUUGCACCACAGACUGUCCAGGAGUUGGCGGAUGCUUUAGUCCAGGUCUGGGAGGAGAUCCCUCAGGAGACCAUCCGCCACCUCAUCAGGAGCAUGCCCAGGUGUUGUAGGAAGGUCAUACAGGCACGUGGAGGCCACACACACUACUGAGCCUAAUUUUGACUUGUUUUAAGGACAUUACAUCAAAGUUGGAUCAGCCUGUAGUGUGGUUUUCCACUUUAAUUUUGAGGGUGACUCCAAAUCCAGACCUCCAUGGGUUGAUACAUUUGAUUUCCAUUGAUCAUUUUUGUGUGAUUUUGUUGUCAGCACAUUCAACUAUGUAAAGAAAAAAGUAUUUAAUAAGAUUAUUUCAUUCAUUCAGAUCUAGGAUUUGUUAUUUUAGUGUUCCCUUUAUUUUUUUGAGCAGUGUAUAUUUGAGUGGUCGGUUUGGUCCAUGUCGAUAAUUUUCGGUUUAUCAUCCCAGCUCUAAUUAAUGGUAUCAUCUUUCUCCUUAUUCUCAUAGAGAGCAGUUAUUGGCAGCUCUGCCCUCCCUCCAAGCCUGGCCUGCAGGGUGUGCUGAGCUCCAGCUUCCCCCCCUGCCCUGUCCCUCUGGUUCCCCCCGAAACUCACCUGGCAGAGGGGGAAGCCCUGCACCGGCCCCUGGUCCCAAGCACCUCAGUGACAGACCUGUCUUUUCCAGGUGCACCCCCUCCCCCCCCGCCACCCCCCAAACGCCACUGUCGUUCACUGUCCGUGCCAGAGGACCUUUCACGCUGCCGUUAUACCUGGCGGCCCAGCGCCUCGAGGGUCUGGACACCUGUGAAUCGCCAAUGCCACAGUGGAGGGGGAGCGGGGGGACCUUGUCCACUUCGUGCUCCUAGCUCGUCUCUAAACUCUUCACUAUACUCUUCUUCAAGCCCCACAUUCUUUAGCCUUGCUCUCUCCCCUGACUCCCCACUGCCCUGGAAUUUCCCAUGGGACCCCAGUGACACUGCUGGAGGAGGCGCCUGCUGCUGUUUCUUCCCCUCCCCGUCGUCCUGCUCCUCUUCUCCGUCCCCGCUCCACCCUCCCCCUCCUCCACAGCGACGCUUCUCUCUGUCCCCUGUCCUUAUCAGAGAGGCUGCCGCCCAGUUCCUGCCCCCGCCUCCAGUUCCACCGCAGCGUGCAGCACCCCCUCCGGCUGUGCCUGCUUCGCCCUCCUCUGCCUGCAGCACCCCGUCCUCGCUUCGCCGGGCCAUCCCCCCUCAGCUCCCGCGCUGCCACUCCCAGCCCUGUGACCUGCUCCUUCUCAAACCGGGCCUGAAGCGACGCCGUGACCCAGACAGACCAUUUGCCCGGCCAGUACUGGAUUUCACCAAGAUGACUCAGGUAAACAAAAUAUCAUUUAAGGGUCAGGAAAUGAAUAGAAAUGGUUGCUGUAUGUAGAUCGGUGGAGGUGGAUCAUGCCCUCUCCUAGCCAGAGGAAGGUUGUUAAAGUGAUAGUUCACCCAAAUUACAUAAUGGAAUAUUGGUUUCCUUACCCUGUAAGCAGUCUAUGGACAAGAUAUGACCGCAAUGCAUGGGAUUUGUGCCACAAAGGCUAAAACAUUAGCAUUCGGAAACAGUGCCAGGGAAACGAAACUUGACCGCUCUUAGUUGUUGUGGAAAUUGACCCACUAUGCUGUUUAUUUUCUGCACCUACGUCAUAUUGCUGAGUCUACCUUUAACCUUAAUUAAUUUAGACCCCUAUGCCUAAUCUUAAAUGUUUGUUCAGCAGGUCGAAUAUCCACUUCCCUACUGUUGCAGAAAUUGACCCACUAUGCUGUUUACAUUCUGCAUCUACUAGGGGUGUGCCGACAUGGCCGUACUCUUAGUCAUAUCCGUAAAUUGACAGUUGAAUAUCGGAUGAUACUUGUGAUCGGAAAAAAAACUAAAGUGUUUAAAUAUGCCUAAGUAGAUGUUGGCAAAAUACCUCCCUGCAGAUUAGGAACAGCGCGCGAAUGGGUGUAUGUGUGUCCUCAAUUUGCAGCAGGCAGCCAAGUUUGCAGUAACUCAGUCAGAAUGCGCAUCAGUGUUUAAUAUUUUUUCCCUACCCUUGCCCCGCUUGUUAGAUAUUAUGCACAUUGAUAGCUUGAUAGCAAACGUCCUCGCCAUGCGAUUUAUUAUAGUAGCAGGCAGCAACAAUCUAAAUGAUCAGACCGAAAUGAUGAUGCGAGUGGACGGAUACAACUUCACUCUCUCCAAUCAGAGCAGCAGGAUCAACAUAUAUCCCGCCCUUCUCUUUACAGACAGGCAAACUAGCCAGUUGAGUUAUUUAGACCACGUAAAACCUCGCACAUGACUGAAUGACAUGAGAAAGAUGCAUGCUGGCACCUAAAAAUUACGUUUUUUCCGAUCAUGGAUAAUUACAAAAAAUACUCUGAUCAUAAUCGUAUCCAGAAAAUUGCCCAUAUCCAUUACGAUACUUGUUUUGUCCGACUACUCGGCACAACCCUAGCAUCGACGUCAUAUCGCUGAGUCUACCUUUAAGGCUCAAAAAGCAUCCUUGUUAAACUUGUCAAAUCACACAGUCUAACCGUACUGUAAGAAACAUUCCAUUUCGUCAGCGAGAUGGACCAUUUAUCUUUACAACAUCAAUAGACAUGCAGAGGCAACGUUCACCCAUACCUCCAUUCUUAGAAUACAGACCACACCUGUGUAUUAUUGUUCUUGUUACCCAUCGUCCCAGGCCACAGAUGUCUCUUCUGCUCCCAUGCCCCAGGGUGCCAAUGGCUCUCAAUGUAGGCAAUGCCAGGCCAAUGUUAUACUGUACACCAAGACUCACUCUUGAAUGUAUUUGCAUAUAAUUUACAUGCAGCUGCAGAAAGUCUGGCAUCCCUUUUCAGUGUACCCACCCAGUCACCCCCUCACAUUAAAAAAAACAAGGUACGCUACACUUAAAAGUUGCAGGUUAAUUUAGCCCGAAUCCUUUACAUGUGGUGUAUAUGUAAAACAGUUGUUCUGGUUAGGUUUAGAAUAGUCUCUUUCAGCAGCCACAGUCAUUGGAAGAGCUUAUUAGAAGAGUUUGAGUCGGGCAUACGAGACUAGGCUUACACCUACAGUAUUUGGUAGUUCAACCCCAUAUAUUCAAGUUAACAAUACGAGCCCAGUUCAUUUUCAGGGAGAUGUGGCAUCAUAUUACCCUUGUUUCUAUUGUUAGUUCAGGAUUUUCUUUUCAAAUGUGACAAACUAAACUUCUGCGCCCAUGUUGUAAGAAUCAGAAAGAUUAUGUAUGAUGCUUCAUUUUCCCACUUCCUAACCAGUUAUAUCAACUUGGUUUCAUUUGAUUUGGGUUGUUCCAUAUGAAUUCAAUAAUUUUCUGACUGCACCCCUUUAGAUUUGAACGAAACCUUCCAUUCAAGUUUGCCCAUGGUAGAAGUGGUCAGAAAGGGACAUUUGGACCGGAGUGCCAAAACAUUCAGGAGAUAGAGGUGCUCAAAGUUGACCUGUUUUGCAUACCCCACCCUACCAUGAGACAUCAUCCAUGUUUUCAUUACUGAAAAAUAUUUACAUAGCCUAUUUUACCGUCAUCGGUUGAGAUGCAGCAUUCUCUUGAGUACCUGGUGGGUGUCAUUUCAUUCAUAGAAACAGAAUUCAUAGAAUGGACCUAUCCCUUCAGACAACUUCAAUUUAGCUGGUACACUAUUGACAUUUAAUUUAAUUUUUAUGUUUAAAUUACUACCAGAAAGAUGGCCACCAGUCCACCCACCGUUGAAUGUCAACAUUUAAUGAAAAUGUCUAUAUUUCAAUGAUUUCAAUAGGUUUUCUAUGGAAGAUUGACAGUUUAAUUUUAAACAAUGGAUAUUCCCACUCAAGUCAACGUUAUCUGAUGUGUGGACCUCCAACCAUCUUUGUGGUACCAUUUGAAAGUUGAAAUUACAAUUUUAUUCACGUUUUAGUUCAUUUAUCAACCAAAACAUUAGCUACAGAUUGUAACACCAGAUAUUGUGAUUUAACCCAAAAAAUUGGCUAUCCAUUUAGGUUAGGUACUGUUUGGUGUAGCACAGAUAAUUUUCUACCAACCUUGGCGAUACUGUCUUCAUCCUCGAUUCGUGGAAACAGGAGUCUCAAUGUCCUUGUCUAGUUGCAGGGGGUCCAUUUUUUUAAUUUAGAAAAUGCUCUGUUAUUUAAAUAUAUUUUUUUGCUCCGUGAAAAAAAUCCAACAAUGUGUACGCCGCCAUCUUAAGUUUAGGUAAUUUAUUUUCAAGUCAUGACGACAUGGAUGUCUCAUGGUAGGGUGGGUUUGCAAAAUGGGUCAACUUUGAGCACCUCUAUCUCCUGAAUGUUUUGGCAUUCAGGUCCAAAAACUUUCUGACCACUUCUACCAUGGAAGGUUUUGUUCAAAUAAAAAAGGGGUGCAGUCAGAAAGUGAUUGAAAUCAUAUGGAGCAACCCUUUACCUAUUUCUGUAUCAUGAAUAGAGAACAUGUGGUUUGAAUGCAGUCCAGAAUGUAGACUGCUCUUGUCUUUUUAGAGAGGGAUGAUACAUGUGUAAACAAGGCCUUGUUCUCUCUUAAAUGUUUAUCCUAUUUGUGUAUUUUCAGACUCGCAGUACAGACCCCUUGAGUGGUAUGGAGCGUGGGAGGCUGGCUUGUGGAGGGGAUGUUUGCAUGGGCUUUGAGCCUUUUUUGGGGGACUUCAGAGGGUCGUGUUCACCAGCAGAGGGGCUGGGAAGGACAAGCAUUGGACCUCUAAGUGAGAGUGACGAGGAGGGGGAAGAGGGGGAGGAAGACCCUGAUCGAGAAGAGUGUCAGCCGAGUGUCUUUGAGAGGGAUUGUACAGAACUAGAUUUGAGCCUAAUUGAAGAAAAUUAAAAUCUUUCCCCUUUACCGCCAGCAUUCAACACUCCACCCUGCUACACUUCAUCGGCAGGGCUCUCAGGAACACGACUUCUCUCUCAUGGGAUGAGCUGGGGUAUAUAUAAUCUCAUUGACAAUGGUCAUGAUUUGACUUCUACCAAUAAUAACAAUUAAUUCAGGUAGCCAUGGAUGCUGUCCUUCCAUCAGAGUACAUUCCAGAAACAGUUGCUGAAACAUUCUUGUGAAUAAUCUGAAUGCUGGAGAUGCCAGCUAUUCCCGUAGUGUGUUGGAUGUCUUCUUAAUGCACCUUCACAGACUAGGAUGGAAUUUGGGAAGACUAACACGCUUCUGGUUGCUUUCUUUCUUUUACAUGACUUUCCUCUC